AUGAAGAACAGUGUCAAAUGGGAGCUAAACCCUGAAAUAGUUGCCCGCCACUUUCUCAGAAAUCUUGGCGUUGUGGUUGCCCCACAUGGAUUAAAGUUGCCCGAAGAGCCCAUCACCCAGAGGGGUGAGUACUGGUGUGAGGUGACGGUAAAUGGACUUGACACUGUGAAGGUACCUAUGUCAGUGGUGAACUUUGAGAGGCCCAAAGCCAAAAGAUAUAAGUACUGGUUAGCCCAGCAAGCUGCCAAGGGAAUGGCCUCCACCAGCUUCCAGAAGAUCUGA